AUGGCAACCGGUCCAGAAAAUGGACUGAAAAGGAUAGUUUGGAAAAGAAUUAAAGACACAAUAAUUGAAGACUGCAGAAAAUCUGAAGUAUGGAAGAUAUUGAUCCUGGACCAGUUCACCACAAAGCUGCUGUCCUCAUGCUGCAAAAUGUCGGACCUCAUGUCAGAGAAAAUAACAAUUGUGGAGGACCUUUACAAAAACAGAGAGCCUGUUCUGGAAAUGAAGGCCAUCUACUUCAUUACACCAACAGCUCAGUCAGUGGAUGCCUUUAUUGCAGACUUUAAGCCUAAACCCAAGUACAAAUCUGCAUAUGUUUAUUUCACGGAUUACUGCCCUGAUGACUUGUUCAACAAUAUGAAGCUCUACUGUGCAAAGUACAUUAGGAUUUGCAAAGAAAUAAACAUGUCUUUCAUGCCUCAUGAAGCACAGGUGUUCACGUGUGACAAUCCUGGAGCCUUUCAGAGCGUCUACAGUCCCCAUAGUCAGGACAGAAAAAAGACACUGGAGGCACUUGCAGAUCAACUUGUCACACUCUGCGCCACGUUGGAUGAGUACCCAGGAGUUCGAUACAAAAAAGACCCCAACAUGGAAUAUGCUAAAACACUGGCAGAGUUGGUGGAUAACAAACUGUCCAGACACUAUCAGAUGGAUGACAGCAACAAGAAAAAGGAAAAGACUCAAGCCCAGCUGCUGAUUGUCGAAAGAGGCUUUGACCCUGUCAGUCCUAUUCUGCAUGAGCUUACCUACCAGGCCAUGGCCUACGAUCUUAUUGAUAUCCAGAAUGCCACGUACAAGUACAAAUCCAAAGAUGGUUCAGAAAAGCAGGCUUUGCUGAAUGAGGACGACAUGCUGUGGGUUAAGCUGAGGCACAAACACAUUGCUGAGGUUUCUGAACAAAUCCCGAAGAUGGUUAAGGAAAUAUCUGCCAGCAAGAAACAGCCAGAUGGGAAGAUCACAAUCAGCAAUUUGGCUCAAAUGAUGAAAAAGAUGCCGGCAUUCCGUAAACAGCUGACACAGAAAACCGUUCACCUGCAGUUGGCUGAAGACUGCAUGAAACUUUUUUCCCAAAACGUUGAGAAACUCUGCAAAGCUGAGCAGGAUCUCGCAGUAGGCUCCGAUGUGGAUGGAGUGAAAGUGAAGGAUCCCAUGAGGACUCUGUUGCCAGUGCUGCUGAACCAAUACAGCACCUAUGACAAGAUCAGGGCUGUGCUGCUUUACAUCUUCAGUGUAAAUGGAACAACAGAGGAGAAUUUGAACAAACUCAUCCAGCAUGUGAAGAUUGAGGAUGAAAAGGAGGUUAUACUGAACUGGAAAGAGCUCGGAGUCCCUAUCAUAUCUCCCAGUAACUUCUCCCGUAAAUCUACUAGACGUGACCGUUCUCAGGAAGAGACAUACAAUCUUUCCAGGUGGACUCCUGGCAUAAAAGAUGUCAUGGAGGAUGCAGUGGAGAACAAACUGGAAACAAAAGAAUGGCCACACCAAUCUGAGUGCCCAACCGCUUGGAAUGGCUCCGGGGCUGUCAGUGCACGUCAGAAGCACAAAUCCAGCACUCAGGACGAACGUCGGACGGGCUCACGACUCAUCAUAUUUGUCAUUGGAGGAAUAAGCUACUCUGAGAUGCGCUGUGCCUACGAGGUCACACAGGCUGUCAAAUCCUGUCAGGUCAUCAUAGGAUCUUCACACAUUCUGACCCCUACCACUCUAUUGGAUGACAUCAAGGCCCUAAGCAAACGUCCUAUGGAGACAUUCACCCUUGAGAUAGAAGACUAA